UUGAGAGCUGGCCACUCUCUUACCAGUUUAAUGUUGCUGGUGUUUUUCUUUCAAAUUUAAAGUCAUGUCGUAACCCGAAACGACCUAAACAACACAGAACUUGACACCCAAAUUACCAGUGCAGGAAUUUCUGGCGGAGAUCUCCAGCUUCAACACAGCACACAAACAUGUCGGCCGCUUCGCGUGUGACUUUGGGAAUGGCGGUCACUGUUUCCACGGCGAUCAUAGGUUAUGUGCACUAUAAACAAUCUGCGGACCGGCAACCUGAGACUCCACGAUGGUGUCUUAAGGGACGUGGAGCAGCAACAGCGGCGGAAACACGAGAACACAUAUAGUUUACAGCAGCAAAUUGACAUCACCAAGCAGCUUAAGGCCAAAGAGGCGUCCAGCAACUCUCCCAACACGCCCAUACCUCCACCAAUAACGCCAUCGCAGGGCAAUCUUCAAGCCGAGACAGACACAAAUGCCACCCAGACACCGAGCUCACAAGAAGCAGAGCUUCAGCAGCAAGGUGUUGAGGGAUCCGAAGAAGUCUUACAGGCUAAGGCAGAGGCGGCCAACCAGGAUGCUCCCAGUCCGCCCUCAGACAACAUUUGAUGAGCUAACUGUCACUGAAAUGCCUUCCGUCGUGCACCAAUUAAACUAUUAGUAAAAUUCGGGUUAAACGAAACGCAUUUGUUAUUUCGGUCUCCUUUGAUGAAUUGAUGAUUGCCUAGAGUAAGAAAAGUUUCUGUUAUAUUAUGGCAUUUUGACAACUAUCUGGCCAAGAAUGUUAUUUAUAAGGUAUUAAAUAUUAUUCAGCUGUGGAGAAACCCAUUUCUACGGAUUAGUUAGGUUCUCCGGCUGGAUUACUUGUUGUAUA